UAGGAAAUCGACGUUUUUCAAUGUGUUAACAAAGAGUCAAGCAGCAGCAGAAAACUUUCCUUUCUGUACUAUUGAUCCAAAUGAGAGUCGAGUACCUGUGCCAGAUGACAGAUUUGAUUUCCUAUGCCAGUAUCACAAACCUCCAAGGAGCAUUUGAAGAUGAUGAUAUCACUCAUGUUGAAGGAAGUGUAGAUCCUGUUCGUGACAUUGAAAUAAUCCAUGAGGAACUUAGACUUAAAGAUGAGGAGCUGAUCAUGCAGAGUAUAGACAAGCUUGAAAAAGUAGCUGUAAGAGGAGGAGACAAGAAACUAAAACCUGAAUAUGACGUAAUGUGCAAAAUCAAGACAUGGGUAAUAGAUGAAAAGAAAGCUGUCCGUUUCUAUCAUGAUUGGAAUGACAAAGAGAUUGAUGUUUUGAACAAACAUUUGUUUUUUACUUCAAAACCGAUGAUCUACUUGGUUAACCUCUCUGAAAAAGACUACAUUAGAAAGAAAAACAAGUGGUUGAUAAAAAUUAAAGAGUGGGUGGACAAGCACGACCCGGGUGCUUUGGUCAUUCCUUUUAGUGGGGCCUUGGAACUCAAGUUGCAAGAUAUGAGUGCUGAGGAGAAACAGAAGUAUCUGGAAGAGAACAUGACACAAAGUGCUUUAGCAAAGAUCAUUAAGGCUGGAUAUGCAGCACUCCAACUAGAAUACUUUUUCACUGCAGGCCCAGAUGAAGUGCGUGCAUGGACCAUCAGGAAAGGGACGAAGGCUCCUCAGGCAGCAGGGAAGAUUCACACGGAUUUUGAAAAGGGAUUCAUUAUGGCUGAAGUAAUGAAAUAUGAAGAUUUUAAAGAAGGAGGUUCAGAAGCUGCUGUCAAGGCCGCUGGAAAAUACAGACAACAAGGCAGAAAUUACAUAGUGGAGGAUGGAGAUAUUAUCUUCUUUAAGUUUAAUACACCUCAACAACCCAAGAAGAAAUGAAUAUCAGAUGUUGUUCAUUGCUCAGAAAUAAACUGUGCUGCUUCAAAAAGCAUAUGAAUUUUUAUUUAGGAGGGAAUAUCUGGAAACAAAAAGCAUACAGUUUCUACCUAGGGAACUUCCCCUCCCCCUAGUGAAAUUAUUCUUGUUUGUUUUGAAUUAAAAUAUGGCACCUCCAGUGAACAUGCAAGUUCACUAAAUGUGAACAGCUUUGCAUUUCAAACGAUUAAGACCCUACUCCAAAUUGUAGAAGCUUUUCAGGAACCAUAUUACUCUCAUGAUACUUCAUUAAUCUCCAUCAUGUAUGCCAAGCCUGACACGUUUGACAGUGAGGACAAUGUGGCUUGCUCCUUUUUGAAUCUACAGAUAAUGCAUGUUUUACAGUACUCCAGAUGUCUACACUCAAUAAAACAUUUGACAAAACCA